AUGGCAAUCACAAUAUUGCGCUUCACCAUCUUGAAUGACAAUGCCCUCGGUGAGUUCUGCGAUUGGCUUUCGGAUGGCCAAGGCGUUCAGAAGGAUGGGUAUUGUGCCAUGUGUAUUUCGCGAUCGGGGGCUGGGGAUGGACUGCGUGGGGCGCGGUCAAUUGCGUGGGACGCUAACCCGCUUUGGGGCUCCGUUAAGGCCUUCCGUUCAACGUGGCCGGUCGGCGGGAAACCCCCUGUUUCAAUUGGAGCCUAG